CGCACCGCAACCCCCGUCCCGUCCCGUUCCGUUCGGUUCCGUAUAACGGCGCCCCUCGCCUCGCCCCCGCCCCCGCACCGCGUCUCGCCCAUAACUACUCCUCCGCAUCGCUGUUUUUUCUCCCCCUCUCCGCCCUACCCCAACCCCCACCCCCCUCUCCUCCAGCCGCAUCCCACCCGCCUGCCCUGCCCCGCCCCGCCCGGUGGACCUGUGGCGGCCGCCAAUCCCGUCGCAUCCAACCCCCUCCUCCGCCCCGAUCCCGCCGCCGUCCGAGGGGCCGGGUGCGGGCAGCGCCCGUUCUCGCCGGCGUCCGCCUUCCGCCAGCCCGCUGCCGCCGCGUCGGCGACUCACGGCGGCGCCGGGGGCCAGCCAAGCGCGUCGGCGAUGGCCACGGCCUGAGAUUUAGGAUGUGUGCAGAGGGCCUGGAGUCUUGUCGAUAGGUUCUCCCUGUUGCAAUAUUGUUGCAGAUUCUGCCGGAAUGUUGGAGGGUCAAUCUUGCCUGAUCUCGAGGUCACUGCCCAGCUCCUGCGAACAGGAAUCCAGAUUAGCUUAUAUGACUUACCACCUCCUCGAGAUCACGAGGACUAAGCGCCCAUCUGGGGUCCUGGCUAUUGAGCAUGAUGGAAUUGCUGUGGCGGCAGUGCUGGCAAAGCGGCCUAGGUCUGAGGAUAGCCAUGAUGCUGUGCCGGUAGACUGUCAAGGCAGUAAUCAGGGCUAUUCUGAUUCAAGCACACUGAUAAGUUCUAUUGGUAGAGAUAAUUCAAUCAAUUGCCUGGCCCGUUGCUCUCGGUCUGAUUAUGGCUCCAUAGCAUCACUGAGCCGGAACUUCCGUUCCCUUGUCCGUGAUGGUGGUUUGUACAGAGAACGGCGGAGGUUAGGGAUUGCAGAACACUGGGUAUAUUUCUCCUGCAAUGUGCAGGAGUGGGAGGCAUAUGACCCAUACCGUGGACGGUGGAUGACACUCCCAAGGAUGCCACCUAACGAGUGUUUCAUGUGCUCAGAUAAGGAGUCGCUAGCUGUGGGCACUGAACUUCUGGUGUUUGGCAAGGAGAUUCUUUCACAUAUUGUUCUUAGCUAUAGCAUUCUGACCAACUCAUGGUCAAGAGGUGUUGAAAUGAAUGCCCCUAGAUGUUUGUUUGGAUCGGCUAGUUUUGGAGAGAAGGCAAUUAUAGCUGGUGGUAUGGAUUCUCAUGGGAGUGUGCUUAGCUCUGCUGAGCUGUACAACUCUGAAACUAAAAGUUGGGUUACACUUGCGAGCAUGAACAAGCGUAGGAGAAUGUGUUCUGGAGUCUUCAUGGAUGGCAAGUUUUAUGUUAUUGGUGGAAUGGCCAGUAACACGGAGGUGCUGACAUGCGGAGAAGAGUAUGAUUUAGAGAAGGGUACCUGGAGGUUGAUAGAGAACAUGUCAGAGGGGCUCAAUGGUGCCAGUGGUGCUCCUCCCCUUGUCGCUGUAGUUGAGAAUGAGCUAUAUGCGGCUCAAUAUGCAGGAAAGCUAGUAAGGAAGUAUAAUAAAAGCGAUAACACAUGGACAACUCUUGGGGAGUUACCAGAGCGCCCAGAAGCUGUGAAUGGCUGGGGCAUUGCAUUCCGGGGAUGUGGAGAGCGGCUCCUGGUGAUUGGUGGACCAAGAGUGCUAGGUGGCGGGAUGAUUGAACUCCAUUCGUGGAUCCCAAGGGAGGGCCCCUUGCAAUGGAACAUGAUCGGAAGCAAACCUUCUGGCAACUUUGUUUAUAACUGUGCUGUCAUGGGGUGCUGAUUUCUGUGCCACCACCCACCCGUCGAACAUACUUGUCAACAAGAAAGAUUUGUGAUAUUGGUCUCGCAAAUGCGCAUAAAAGCACUGAUUCUGCCUGAUUGGUAAUCUCUGCCUUCUUUUCUUUUUUUUCCUUCUCCUCUGGACAUUUCAGAUUUUACUUGAUGUUCAAUAGAGUAGUCAGUCACAUCCUUCCUUGUAUUCGUUAACAGUUACACUGUUGGGUUUCUGUUUCCCGUGCAUUUGGUUUCCAGUUGGGAGUUUGUACCUGGUCUGGUCCGUAUACUCUGUCGAGCUCAGAAUUUGCUGAGAUGGAUGCAUCUAGGUGACAAACUGUAAUUGAUGUAGCCUUGCAUCUGGACAAAAUUGUAUUGGACUCUGAAA